AUGAGUCCCUUUGGGGCUGCUCUGCUGCAGCGUUGCCGGCUGCUGCUGCUGCUGCAGCUGCCGCUGCUGUUGCUGCUGCUGCUGCUGCAUGCAUGUGAGGCGAGGAAUUUAAAAAGCUGCGGAGACACCGCCGCUGCCCUCUUACAGCCGCUGCCCCUUACACCAGAAGCUGCUGCUGCUGCUGCACAUCAGCAGCAGCAGCAGCAGCAGCUCCCCACAGCUGCCUUUCUCUCUACCUUUACGAUAUUCCAGCACCGCUUCAGCAGACACCAAGCAGCCAGUUGCAGCAGCAGCAGCAACAGCAACAGCUGCAAUAGCAGCAACAGCAGCAGAUGGGCAAGCAGCAGCAGCAGCAACAGCAGCAGCAGCAGCGUGGAAGAGGCACUUGCAGCAACACGCCGUGAGUUGCAGCAGCAGCUCAAGGAAGGAUCGGUCAACCCAAAUGCGCUGCUGCAGGAGCUGCAGGAGCUGCAGCAGCAGCAGCAGCACAAGCAGCAGCAGCAGCAGCAGCUUCGGCCUGAGUCUGUGGAGCAGCUAGUAGAAUGGCUGGCUGCAGCAAGACACGGGCAGCCUCUGCUGCAGGCAGCAGCAACAACAGAAGCAGCAGCAGCAGCAGCAGACAGCAGCAGAUCUGCUGCUGCUGAGUCUUCAUCUUCAGACGCAGCAGAAGGGUAUGAGGAUCCGCUUUCAUUUGGCGUAAUACUUAAAGCAGCAAAAGCCCUAAGACAAAAUUUAGAGACAGAUAAUGCAGACAGACGAGCAUUUUUUAUAGAAAACUACAAGAAGGAAUUAAAGCACUUGGGAGUGUUCAAGGAGACAGCUGCUGCGCUGUCUCCUGAGUCAUUAGCAGACCGCUUAGCAUUGGCUAGAGCGUUUGCUGCAGCAGCAGCAACCCCAGCAGCAGCAGGGGGAGCAGCAGCAAGCAGCAGCAAAGGACAGAACAGCACGAAGCACAAGCAGCAGCAGCAGCAGCAGGGGGUUGUUGAGGCGCGAGUUGUCUCAGGGAGACGGCAGCAAAAAGCAGCAAAAAGCAAAACAAAAGGAGACAGAGCAGAAGAAGAAAGGAGACAAACAAAUGCAGGAAGGAGACGUCUGGGAUCGUCUCUCCUGGGAUCGUCUCCCCUGGGAUCGUCUCCUUUUGGUUUCCCUUCUCUUUUUGAUGUUUUCUUCGGGCGUGGGGAUACUGCAGCAGAAGAAGAGACAACAGAUAGAAGCACACGUCGCCGCCUACAGCAGCAGCAGCAGCAGCAGCAGCACCCGCUGGAGCAGCUGCUGAACGAUAUGUUCGGGGGUAGCAGCUCGCUACAGGUCUUAGGAGAGACAGAGGGCUCCGAUUUGCUGCAGCAGCUCUUUGGCUUCCCAGCAGCAGCAGCAAAUGCUAAACCUAAGCAGCAGCGGAUAGACUUCCUGCAGCCUGAACAAGCAGAGCGUCAGCAGCAGCAGCAGCAGCAACAGCAACAGCAACAGCAGCAGCAGCAGCAGCAGUGGGAUGAGCAGCAGGAGACAAACCCUAAAUUGAUUUCUUUACUAAACAAAGCAAAGCAGCAGAAUAAACCCGCCCUCACGGAGACCCUAAAGAGAGCAUUCGCAGAAGAGGGAAUGCGAGCAUUGGCUGCACUUGCAGUUGAAAAAGGUGUUGCUGCAGCAGAAGCAACAGCAGCAACUGCAGCAGAACGCUAUCUCCUGGCGCGCCUAAAGGACGAAGGCCUCCUGUCGUAG